AUGCCUCGAAAGAAGAAGUCAGGAUCUGUCGGCGACAAGGCCGCCAAACCCAAACCCUCCAACGAACCCUCAACAUCCAAAACUGCACCAGAACGGACCGAAAGUUCUGCAGAACCAUCUACUUCCUCUCAAAAACCUGAAAAGUCGACCGAAAAGGCGUCUUCAUCUCCUUCAAAAGAUUCCAAGGAAUCGUCAAAAGAACCGUCGACAUCGCCUUCUAACGAUGGGAAAGAACCGUCCACUUCCAAUGGAGCCUCCGCAUCUGCCUCGACGUCUACCACCUCUGCAUCUACUUCAAAACAACCCGAACGCGUGCCCUUCAAUACACUAGAUCUCUCUGAACCGACACUCCGAGCUUUGAAGGAUAUGGGUUUCGAAACGAUGACCUCGAUUCAAGCUAAAUCUAUACCCGUUUUGUUGGCGGGAAAAGAUGUUUUGGGAGCUGCGCGAACGGGAUCUGGAAAGACACUCGCUUUCUUGAUUCCUGCCGUCGAACUGCUGCAUCGGUUGAAGUUCAAGCCUGUUAACGGAACGGGUAUUAUUAUCCUCACCCCCACCCGUGAACUCGCCCUGCAGAUCUUUGGUGUUGCGAAGGACCUCAUGGCGUACCACUCGCAGACGUUUGGUGUUGUGAUUGGUGGUGCGAACCCCAAGGCAGAGGUUGAUAAACUCUCGAAGGGUGUAAACUUGUUGGUGGCUACGCCUGGUCGUCUUUUGGAUCAUCUUCAGAAUGCCAAAGGAUUCGUGUAUCGCAACCUCAGGGCACUGGUUAUCGACGAGGCCGACCGGAUAUUGGAGAUUGGUUUCGAGGAGGAAAUGAAGAGAAUUAUCUCUAUCCUUCCUAAUGAAAACCGCCAAUCCAUGCUCUUCUCCGCCACCCAAACCACAAAAGUCACCGACCUCGCCCGAAUAUCCCUUCGCCCCGGCCCCGUACAUGUCGACGUCGACAAGGAAGAAGCCACCAGCACAGUCUCUACCCUCUCCCAAGGCUACGUGGUCUGCUCCUCCGACAUGCGCUUCCGCCUUCUCUACACCUUCCUCAAGAAAAACCUCAAAAAGAAAGUUAUUGUCUUCUUCUCGAGCUGUAAUUCGGUCAAGUACCAUGCGGAGUUGUUAAAUUAUAUCGAUGUGCCUGUGUUGGAUCUCCAUGGAAAGCAAAAGCAAAUGAAGCGAACGAAUACCUUCUUCGAGUUCAUCAAUGCCGAGUCUGGGAUUUUGCUUUGCACGGACGUUGCGGCUCGUGGUUUGGAUAUUCCACGGGUGGACUGGAUUGUGCAGUUUGACCCUCCGGAUGACCCUAGGGAUUACAUCCAUCGUGUGGGUCGUACGGCUCGUGCAGGCAAGGUUGGAAAGAGUUUGUUGUUCUUGUUGGAGAGCGAGCUUGGGUUUUUGCGAUACCUCAAGGAUGCGAAGGUGCCUCUCAACGAGUACUCGUUCCCUGCUGAACGGAUAGCCAACAUCCAGACUCAGCUCGAAAAACUCCUCCAAAAGAACUACUUCCUUCAUAAAUCGGCCAAGGACGGUUUCAGGUCGUACCUCCAAUCCUACGCCUCGUACUCGCUCAAGAAGAUUUACGACGUCAACAAGCUCGAUCUGGCAAAGGUUGGCAAGUCAUUUGGGUUCGCUACGCCUCCGCGGGUGAACCUCGUCGUUGGGCCUGGAGGCGGUAAAGGCAACCAGGCGAAGAAGAGGAAGAGGAAUGAGGAUGGGUCGGAGAGUGAGGAUGUGCUGGAGCCCUUGGAACCGGAGGGUACAAUCUCUGGAGAGGAAGGUGACGAGAAUGUCGUGUCGAGAGGAGGGAAUAGGCGGGAGAAGCAGAGAAGGAUUGAGACGCUGGGUAAGAAGAGGGUUGAGAAGGAGAUCUUUAGGAAGGGUAGGGAGCAGAAGCAGCAGCGGCAAGGCGGUGUGCAGUGGAGUCGUUGAGUAUAUUUUCGCAUUUGUUGUUUCCUUUAUUACCGUCGUACUGUAAUGAACAAGUGGGUUGU